AUGAUGGGUUUGCUUUCCACGAUACGUGGCAAAAAAGAUGUACCCGUGAUCGGUUCACCUGCGGUUGGUCCCAUAGCGAGUAAGAGCAAGAAAUUAGUUAUUCAAGAAUGGCCACGACUACUCGAACGUGAACCAAGUUUAUUUAUAAAUGUAUGGAAUGCAUCUGCAGCACGCAGCACUUCUAUAAAGGCGACUGACAACGAGGAUCCAGCGGAUAACAAAGCAUUCGCUAAUCUAGCAUCUACGAUACAAAAAUUCUUCCAAAAACUGAUUUGUGAGAAAAUAUCCGCUAACUUAUUCGUUCUACGAUUGUUUUUGGCAGUGAAAAUGGGGGCGGCGCAGGCCAACUGUCCUGGACAGAUUUUGGAAAAUUUUCUAAAUUUCAGUGUCCUUACGGUAAUCACCCUACAACUUGAUGAUGAAUUGGUCCGCACUACCUGUGAAGAACUGGGAGCACGGCACACCGAUUUCAUAUCGAGAGGGUUCAAUUCGAAUUUUUGGGACAUUUUCUUGGUAUGCAUGGCUGAAGCAAUCGAUGACACACUAUCAAGUUAUAUGGAAGAUGAAGGAAAGCGAUCCGAGAUGAUUCUAGCUUACCAAAGGGUCUUCAACAAAGUAGUCCACCAUAUGCGAACAGGUUACAACGAACGAAGAAGAGAAAAACUAAAGAGUAAUGGAAGAACAGAGAUAGAUUAUCAAUUGAAACAUGCAGAAUGA